GCCUGGGUGUGACAGUGCGGAAACGCACCCCUGUCCCUGUGACGGCACCGGAACCACAGAGGAAGCGCGCUCCGCCCACCCGAGGCCAGAGAAGCCGCCGGGCAGGAGGCCCCGCCAGCCCCUCCGCCACUCAGCUCGGCCGGAGGAUGGAGUCCGGAGGAGGGGUCCCAGCCGCCCCAGCCCGCCGCGCCCGCCCCGAGGGGCCAGGAGCCGGGCCUGGCGCCUCCCCGCAGCCGCCCAGCACGGGGCCAGGGAAGCCGCCGGCGCUGCCCGUGGGGCCCGGAGCCCCCGCCCCGAGGGGCCCCGCCGGGGAGCAGAGCUGCGCCAAGACCCCCAACCGGGACAGCGGGAUCGACAGCCCAACCUGCAGCGCGCCCACCGGGCCCUUCUGCCGGGCGGGCAGCGGGGCGGCGGCCCCAGGCAGCCCGGCCACCCGGACCGAGGCCGACAGCGACGUGGGCCAGGGCGGCGAGGAGCCCGCGCCGGACAGCCCCCCGGGGGCGCGAGCGGACCCGGCCCAGCGCUCCAGGUCCCAGGAGCUGCUCCACAUCGCCCAGGAGCUCCUGCACACCGAGGAGACCUACGUGAGGCGGCUGCACCUGCUCGACCAGGUCUUCUGCGCCCAGCUGACAGAAGCAGGGGUCCCUCCGGAGGUCACCACAGGCGUCUUCUCGAACAUCUCCUCCAUUUAUCGCUUCCACGGGCAGUUCCUCCUGCCCGCGCUGCGGACGAGGAUCACCGAGGAGUGGGACGUGAACCCUCGGUUCGGGGACAUCCUGCAGAAGCUGGCCCCGUUCCUCAAGAUGUACGGCGAGUACGUGAAGAACUUCGACCGGGCGGCCGGGCUGGUGAGCGCCUGGACCCAGCGCUCGGCCCUGUUCCGGGACGUGGUGCACGGCAUCCAGAAGCAGGAGGCGUGCGGGAGCCUGACGCUGCAGCACCACAUGCUGGAGCCCGUGCAGAGGGUCCCCCGCUACGAGCUGCUGCUCAGGGACUAUCUGAAGCGGCUCCCGGCAGACGCCCCGGACCGGCAGGACGCGGAGAAGUCCUUGGAGCUCAUCUCCACGGCCGCCAGCCACUCCAACGCUGCCAUCCGGAAAAUGGAGAAAAUGCACAAGCUCCUGGAAGUGUACGAGCAGCUGGGCGGGGAGGAGGCCGUGGUCAACCCGGCCAACGAGCUCAUCAAGGAGGGCCCCAUCCAGAAGCUGUCGGCCAAGACGGGCGCCGCCCAGGACCGCCACCUCUUCCUGUUCAACAGCACCGUCCUCUACUGCGUGCCCCGACCGCGGCUCCUGGGCCAGAAGUUCAGUGUCCGGGAGAAGAUGGACAUUUCCGACCUCCAGGUGCAGGACGCCAGCCAGCCGCCGGCCGCCCCCACGUUCAUCCUCGCGGGAAGGAGCCGGGCCCUGGAGCUGCGCGCCCGGACGGAAGAGGAGAAGAAAGAAUGGAUUCAGGUCAUCGAGGCCACCAUCUCGAAGCACAAACAGAACAGCCAGACCUUCAAGGCCUUCAGCACCGCCUUCAGCCAGGACGGGGACCCCUCCCGGACUCCAGAGCCCCCUGCGACGAGCGCCAGCUCCGAGGAGCCUGCGGUGGCCGCCGACGGCAGAGGGGGUGCCGCAGGGCUCGAGCUCACGAGAGGGUCCUCCAAGACCAGGCGGGACAAGGAGAAGCAGAGCUGCAGGGGCUGCGGCGAGACCUUCAACUCCAUCACCAAGAGAAGGCACCACUGCAAGCUGUGUGGGGCGGUCAUCUGUGGGAAGUGCUCCGAGUUCAAGACAGAGAGUGGCCGGCAGAGCCGCGUCUGUGGAGAGUGUUUCCUGACACAGCCCGUGGCCCCCGUGAGCUCCAGCCCUGGGGCGCCUGCCGAGCCCCAACAGAGCGUGGAGGACAGUGGGCCACCACCCGCCCGGCCCCCUCUGGCUGCACAGUGAGUGCCGGACCUGCGGAGACGCUGCCGCCCGCCACCUGGACUGUGCGGCAGGCCCGGCAGGCCUGUGCCUGAGCAUCCCAGCCACUGAGCUGCAGCCGAGGUG